GUCGUCAUCACCAAGUUCAUUGAGGGUGCCCAGGAGAUUGACGUUGACGCUGUCGCUUCCAACGGCAAGCUUCUGCUCCACGCCGUCAGUGAGCACGUUGAGCCUGCUGGUGUGCACUCCGGUGAUGCCACUCUCGUCCUCCCCCCUGCCAACCUCGAGGAGUCUGUCAUGAGCCGCGUUAAGGAGAUUGCUGAGAAGGUUGCCAAGGCCUGGAACAUCACCGGUCCCUUCAACAUGCAGAUCAUCAAGGCUGACCUCGAGGGUGCUGAGCCUGAGCUGAAGGUCAUUGAGUGCAACCUUCGUGCCUCCCGCUCCUUCCCCUUCGUCAGUAAGGUCCUGGGUACCAACUUCAUCGAUGUUGCUACCAAGGCUCUGGUCGGCCGUGACGUCCCUGAGCCCGUCGAUCUCAUGAGUGUCAAGCGCGACUACCUUGCCACUAAGGUUCCCCAGUUCAGCUGGACCCGUCUUGCUGGUGCCGAUCCUUUCCUCGGUGUCGAGAUGGCCAGUACUGGCGAGAUUGCCUGCUUCGGUAAGGAUGUUGUUGAGGCCUACUGGGCUUCCCUGCAGGCUACCAUGAACUUCCGUUGCCCUGAGGCUGGUGAAGGUAUCCUGCUCGGCGGUGAUAUCACCAACCCUGCCCUGGCCCAGAUUGUCGAGUACCUCAAGCCCCUCGACUUCAAGUUCUUCGCUGCUAGCCCCGCUGUCAAGGAGCACCUCGAGGCUGCUACCAAGGUUCCCGUGCAGGUCAUUGAGUUCCCCAAGCAGGACAAGCGUGCUCUGCGUGAAGUCUUCCAGAAGUACAACAUCCGUGGUACCUUCAACCUUGCCAAGACCCGUGGCAAGUCUCUCCUCGAUGAGGACUAUGUCAUGAGACGUAACGCCGUCGACUUCGGCGUUCCUCUCUUCAUGGAGACCAAGACUGCUCUCCUCUUCGCCCAGGCCAUGAGCGAGAAGAUGCCCCGUGCCGAUGGCAUUCCUUCCGAGGUCCGCACCUGGUCCGACUUCACCGGCGGCAAGCUGCUGUAA